AUGUCUGAUCCUCUCCCCAAGAGUGAAUCACUCUAUCACAAAUAUCGCCGAGAUCCAACUGAGAUUGAUGCCGAUGGACACCAAGAAAACUGGCAAGCGUCGCCAUUGAAGAUUAUUGACCGAGAUGGUUUUGUUCUUUUUGAAAGGACGCAAUUGAGUCUCCGAACCGACAUUAUCUUGGCAAAUGAUGUUGAGAUGCUUCGCCAGUAUCUUGAUGCUGCCCCUUGGGCCAUUGAGAAGCCGGACCGUGAAGACGAUAGCAUGGAUCCAUUCUUCGUCGCAGCGCAGAGUGGCAGGGUCCAAGCACUGCAACUCCUUCUAGCCCACCACUCCAAAGUCAACGGUCCCUCUACAAGGGUUAGGUUUCCGGAUCGCAGAGUCGAUCUGUUGUCUACCGCCGCCAAAUGGGGUCGUGUGGAGAUGGUCAAAUUCCUCCUCGACAACCAGCCAUUGUACGCUGAUAUCCACGAGCGAGGGAGUGACAGGGAAAGUGCGAUAUUCGCUGCAGCUGAUACUAGUGGAACAAGACACAGAGACUAUCUUAGCCACCAAGAAGUUUGCCUUGAAAAUAACGAGGCCGUGAUGCACCUGCUACUUGAUCGAGGUGCAUGUGCUUCUGAUUCCCUCACCUGCUAUGACGACCGUCCAGAAUGUCAGACUUCUGAGACUGUCCUUACUUCGGCUGUACAGUGGGCGGGCCCUGGGUUAAUUCAGCGACUCAUCGACAAUGGUGCCGAUGUGCAUGCCAAAAUCGUUCGCAGGGUUACCUUCAUUCCACGCGUGGGGUUCUUCGAUGAGUUCCUGCACGUUACUGCCCUUUAUAUCGCAACUUUUCAUGCAAACUUCAGAGCAGUCGAAGUGCUGAUCAAUAAUCGAGGUAAUGGAGUCGACAUGACAGACAUGACAUCCCGCCGCGAUAAUCAGGGAAGACUUCCUAUUCAUUGGGCCUGUCGAUACCAAUUGUCGCCAUACCCUAGUGCAAUGCCUGUCUCAAGGAUUACAGAGAAUGCUGAAAGCAUUGUGGAAACCAUUAGGAUUUUGCUGAAGAAGGAUCCCAAAACAGUCAAUAUCCAAGACAAUGGUGGGAAUACACCCUUACACUAUGCUGCCAUGUUCUAUGGUGGCUUAGGCAAACAGCACACCUCAGUUCUAAAACUUCUAUGUGACACGGGUGCGGAUGCAAGUGUCUGUAAUGCCUAUGGAGAAACGCCUCUGCACGUGUUGUUCAGCCGCUGGGGGGGUGAUAUUCCGGUCGAUACAAUGGCUAUCGAGACCUUGCUAGGCCAUGGAGCCAAGCCUACAGACAUCGAUGUCUACGGAAAUACGCCCCUUCAUUACGCAGCCUGGUUUCUACUUCAUUCAGAUGCUGCAUUAUAUUUGAUGAAGCAAGGCGCUGAUGUCAACAUAAAAAAUCUGCAUCAAGAAACACCGCUUCACAGCGUUGCUGAUUCUCCCCACUGGGCUGACAGCGCUCAUGACACUCGGUCUCUAACAAAGGAGGAGACAGCAGAGGAGCUCUUCAAAGACCAAGAAACAAUGGCAGCACGAGUUUUGGAAGCUGGAGGGGUUGAGAUGAUGGACCAGCCGAAUCUUGCAGGGAAGACCCCACGACAGAUUAUCCAAGAGUGGAAGGAGCACGCAAAAGAGGCGCAGGCAAAACAGACAGCGAUCGACAAUGAUGUACCUUGGGAAGAUUGGCCGAAAGUGAAUUCUUGUUGGGAUAGCGUUGGUCGUGGAAUACGCAAGAACGCCAUGGGCUUAGGCCUGGUUGGAGGCGCGCGGCCAAGAAAAGAUCUCUACUAG